CCGUACGUCCCAUGGGUGGGGUUCCCCCGGGCAUUAUUGAGAGAAUAGGAACCCUAAGACAUGGCGCAUGCCCACUACUCCUGUGAGCAGCUCUUGGGCACGGGAGAGGAGGAGGCCGAUCUCCUCCCCGCCUCCUCCAUCUUAGCUUGUCUCUUCUUCUUGCUCAUGGAUCUGGUACCUCCCACCGAUCGCCUGUGCUACGUGCGCUGCACCUACUGCAACACUGUUCUUGCGGUUGGCGUCCCUUGCAAGCGGGUGAUGGACACGGUAACCGUGAAAUGUGGUCACUGCAGCCAUCUCUCCUUUCUGAGCCCCAGAGCCACGGUGCAGUCCCUUACUCCCACCGAUCACCGGAUGGGCCUUCAGGGUCCUUGCAGUGAUUGCUUGAGAGGCCAACCUUCACCUCCAUCAUCGUCAUCGAAUUCAAGUGAACAAAUGAUCCAGAAACCGCGAUUUGUCAUGAAACCUCCGGAGAAGAAACACAGGAUGCCUUCGGCUUACAAUCGAUUCAUGAAGGAGGAAAUACAACGAAUCAAGGCAGCUAAACCUGAUAUCCCGCACCGAGAAGCUUUUAGCAUGGCUUCGAAGAACUGGGCCAAGUGUGAUCCUCGUUGCUCAACUACUAUUUCGACCUCCUCCGAUAACAGUAGUGGAAAGAGUCAAUUGCCCUAGAACGGAGAACUCCAAAUUCUGCAAGCAAAUGGAGCAGAAGAAUUAGGUUUCCAACUGUGACUCGGAGCUCCUACUAUUUCCUAGUGAUGCGCUUGUGGUGUUAACUUGUGUUAGAUCUUGUCCUCUCUCUACAAUGACAUCUCUAAUGCUGUGGUUUUCCUGGUUAAGAUCCAUGCAUUGCAGGCGAAGAGGGAGUCAUAAAUGUGGCUCAUAUAUGAGCUGUCAAGAUCUAGAACUAAUUAGUGAGGGCACAGUGAGAGAGAUCUCAAGUAAGAGGACUGCCCUCGUACUUCUGAAGUUAAUAAGAUUCGCGACAGAUCAAUUGAUGUAGAUAAGCUUUUGACUGAAGGAGGACUAGAAUCCAUGUCAAAUAUAUUGAUGCAACUGUAUGGUUUACAUGAAUUCAAAAUUA